AUGUACAACACAACAUUGAUGCCCUCAAAACCACCAUCAAAUAUACCACCAGAGGACGACCCCACGCACAAAGUGGACGACAGUAACACGCGUAUUUUGAUUGGAUGUUUGGUGGCCAUAAUUUUAAUCCUCGUGGCCAUCAUCGUAAUUAUCUUGUGGCGGCAGGUGUGGCAGAAAAUGCUGGAGAAGGCCACUUGUCGGAUGCUGGACGAUGAACUAACUGCUAGUUUGUCAAUACAGAGCGAGACGUUCACCUACAGCCACAACAACAACAACCCUCAGUCCAGUUCGUCCAGCGAGCAGGAGUCCUCUUCCACCUACGACAGGAUCUUCCCCUUGGGCCCCGACUAUCAGGAACCAUCCCGCCUCAUAUCCAAGCUGCCUGAGUUUGCUCAGACCUCAGAUGAGCCAGCUUCUUCAAGCACCGCGGCCUCGAAGUCCACCACAUCCUCAGCGGCCCAAGAUGGCGUCCCACACUACGCUGAGGCCGACAUUGUGAACCUCCAGGGCGUAACCGGGGGAAACACGUAUGCCAUCCCAGCGGUCACUAUGGACCUGCUCUCAGGGAAAGACGUGGCUGUGGAGGAGUUCCCCCGGAAAUUACUGACAUUCAAAGAAAAACUCGGGGAGGGACAGUUUGGAGAGGUUCACUUGUGUGAGGCAGAGGGGAUGCAGGAGUUCAUGAAUAAAGAGUUUAAAUUUGACUACCCAGAGGAAGAGCCAGUUUUAGUGGCUGUGAAGAUGCUCCGCUCAGAUGCAAAUAAAAAUGCAAGAAACGACUUCCUGAAGGAGAUAAAGAUCAUGUCUCGCCUGAAGGACCCAAACAUUGUGCGUCUUUUGGCUGUGUGCAUCUACAGUGACCCUCUCUGCAUGAUCACAGAGUACAUGGAGAACGGAGAUCUCAACCAGUUUCUGUCAAAGCACGAGCCUGAGGGACAGCAGGCUCUGCCCAGCAACACCCCCACUGUCAGUUUUGAGAACCUGUGCUACAUGGCCACUCAGAUCGCAUCAGGGAUGAAGUAUCUUUCCUCCUUGAAGUUUGUCCAUCGCGACUUGGCCACCAGAAACUGUUUGGUGGGGAAGAAUUACACCAUAAAAAUAGCCGACUUUGGCAUGAGCCGAAACCUGUACAGCGGGGAUUAUUAUCGGAUCCAGGGCCGCGCCGUGCUGCCCAUUCGCUGGAUGUCCUGGGAGAGCAUCCUGCUGGGCAAGUUCACCACAGCCAGUGACGUGUGGGCCUUUGGGGUGACUCUGUGGGAGAUUCUGAACUUCUGUAAAGAGCAGCCAUACUCUAAGCUCACAGACGAACAGGUGAUCGAGAACACAGGAGAGUUCUUCCGGGACCAGAAGCGACAGAUCUAUCUGCCUCAGCCUGUCCUGUGUCCAGACGCUCUUGGGGUCGGCCUGGCUCUGUGUGAGAGGCUGUUGGAUGAGGGGGUCCGCUUGUGUAUGGGCUGCAGGAGCAUGAAGCGUGCUGAGACGGCCCGCUCCGCUCUGCUGCGCUCUCACCCCUCAGCUCAAGUCGACCUGCUGGAGCUGGACACCAGCAGCUGCGCCUCUGUACUCCGAGCCGCACACCAGUUCAAACUCAGACGAGUCAUAGGAAUGCUCUCCACCGGAAUGGGAAUUCUCACUCAGAAAGACAGUGUUACGUCUGAUGGUUUUCAAGAAGUAUUUGCCACAAACCUCUUCGGCCACUUUCUAUUGAUCAAGGAGCUUGAGUCAGUCCUGUGUCGAGAUGGACAGAGAUCACAGCUGAUCUGGACCUCAUCAAGUAACGCUCACUGCUCAGCGUUCUCACUGGAGGAUGUCCAGCACAGAGGCGGCUCUCAGCCCUACAGCUCCUCCAAAUAUGCCUCUGACCUGCUCAGCCUAGCCCUCAACACUCACUACAACCGACAGGUGGGUAUCAAAGAAACCUUCAUCCAUUACAUAUGA